AUGGGUUUCUUACCAUCCAAUUAUCAACUCACAAUAUGUAUCAUGUAUUCCCUAAUUUUCUGCUUCUCUUCUUCUUCUGCACAUCUUUGCCAUAAUGACGAGAGCACUACUUUGCUCCAAUUUAAGCAAUCCUUUUCCUUUAAUUGCUCUGCUUGCGAUUGCUACAGAAAUGGUCUAUAUACUGAUAAUUGGAAAGAGGGUACAGAUUGUUGUGCAUGGGAUGGGGUCACAUGUGAUAACACCACUGCUCAUGUCACUGGCCUCGACCUCAAUUGUAAGUGCCUAUAUGGUACCAUCCAUCCAAACAGCAGCCUCUUCAAUCUUGUUCACCUUCAACACCUCGACCUUUCUUACAACAACUUCAAUCACUCUCAAAUUCUACCUUCAUUUGGCCGUUUCACAAAUUUGACCCAUCUUCGCCUCCGUUACUCCAAUCUUUCUGGCCCAAUACAAUCAUCAGAAGAAGAAGUCUGGCAAGGGAAUAACUUCUCCAAUAGCAUUUUCCACUUACAGAAAUUGCAGGCGCUGUGGUUAGGCGGUAACAGAGAACUCACAGGUAAACUUCCAAGUUUUAUUAAUGGAACUCUCCGGCACCUUAUGUCAUUGGAUCUCUCUUUUACAGGUUUCACCGGAGAGCUACCUAAUUCCAUCGGCCAACCUGAGUACUUGGAGGUCCUAUUGCUCUUUCACUGCAAUUUCUUUGGUACCAUUCCGACAUCGCUUACAAACCUCACACGAUUAAUUUGGCUUGAUCUUUCAUACAACAAUUUUGAAGGCCCAAUUCCUCAACUUUUUUCCAACUUCUCGCAACUUCAAUCUAUAGAUUUCUCGAACAAUCAACUAACAGGUCCCAUUCCAUCAUCAAUAACUGGCCUUCCAAAUCUACACUAUCUAGGUUUAGGCAGUAACUCAAUCAAUGGGACAAUACCUUCUUCCUUGUUUCAUCUUGCCAACUUCUCGCAACUUCGUUCUAUAGAUUUCUCAAACAAUCAACUAACAGGUCCCAUUCCAUCAUCAAUAACUGGCCUUCCAAAUCUACAGUCUCUAUAUUUAGGCAGUAACUCAAUCAAUGGGAGAAUACCUCCUUCCUUGUUUCAUCUUGUGAACCUUACCUAUCUUGAUCUUUUGUCAAAUAAUUUAAGCGAAACUGUUGAGCUGGACUCGUUUGCAAAGCUUGAAUAUUUGGAUUCUUUGGAUCUUUCAAACAGUGGUCUAUCAUUGACCACCACCAACUCCACUCCCUCCUCUUUCCGAAACAUUACGACAUUACGAUUGUCGUCUUGCAACAUAAAUAAAAUUUCUGAAUUUCUGAAAACCCGAAUGGAAUUGUUGGAGGUGCUAGACCUUUCGAACAACCACCUAAAUGAAGAACUCAAUCCACUCUGCAAUCUUCAUUCUCUUAAAACUCUCGAUCUGUCCAAUAACCAAUUGACCGGAUUAAUUCCUACCUGUUUGGGGAACUUCAAUGGAAAUUUAACCUGGUUAAAUUUGCAAAGAAACAAUUUCCAUGGUAGCAUCCCUCAAACACUUGGAUAUGCAAGCAUGUUACAGGAACUUGACAUUAGCCACAAUGGAUUGCAAGGGGUGCUUCCAAGAUCAUUGGCAAAUUGCACGAACCUAGAAAUUUUGAAUCUGGGUCAUAAUUUCAUAGAAGAUGCUUUUCCAUUUUGGUUGGAGAACCUGCCCCAAUUGAAGAUUAUUGUCUUGCGAGAUAAUAAAUUCCAUGGUCCCAUAGAGCAACCAAGGAAGAGAUUAGCCUUCACCAAUUUACAUAUCAUUGACAUGUCUCACAAUGAAUUUACAGGCACUUUGCCAUCAGAAUACUUUGAGAGCAUGCAUUCAAUGAUGAUGGAUGAUGAAGACAAAUCCUCCUUAAAUUAUAUGCACAAUGAUUAUGGUUAUUAUUCGGUAACCAUAAUGAAUAAAGGACUGGAAAUGACACUCGUAAGGAUCAUCACCAUCUUCAAAGCUGUUGAUUUCUCGCACAACAAGUUUGAUGGAAAGAUUCCCAUAUCUAUUGGAAGACUCAAAGCCCUCCAUGUCCUAAAUUUUUCAAGAAAUGGUUUCACAGGUCCGAUUCCAUUGUCCUUGUCGAAUCUAACUGAGCUUGAGUCCUUGGAUCUAUCCCAAAACAAGCUAUCUGGUAAGAUACCUCAAGAACUAACAAGCUUAACAUUUCUUGAAGCUUUUGAUGUCUCGCAAAAUAAUCUAACUGGGAUUAUACGAAGAUAG